AUGGAAAAGCAAACUCCAAUGCCCAUUCUCUUUAGAGAUAAAGAAGAUCAGCUUACUAUGAUAGUACACAAGGACACACCAAUUAUCUGUGGUCACUGCUUUGGGCUAGACACGACAGAGUUCAAAUACUCUGGAAAGGUUCGCCCUAUUGGUGGUUCUGGUUUCAAUCAGCACUUAAAUCGCAAAAUUGCUCCUGAAAAGAAACCAGAAUGUUGCUUCUUAGGUGUAAAGACAGCAAAAAAAGAGCUUCUUGCCGCUGCUUCUACAGACAACAACAACAGUACUGAUGGACAUCUUCAUGAGUCUCUUCAGGACAACGAUGAGCUUGCCGAGAUAGCCAAAAGGUUUGGUGUUACAAUUUUGCCAGGAGAUGCUAAAAUGUCUGCUUCCAAAACAACAACUAAAAAGAAGGCAUCUACUGCAUCAUCAAAGCCGCCUCGCCCGAAUAAGCCCACUGGAAAAGCUGUAAUGGUAGGAGCCAAAGCAAAGGCGUCUAAGACUGCCAUGGUGGAGCCAAAAAAGGUUACUGUCAGCAGUGAAGUGACCAAGCCGUCGCCUAUGAGAAUUGGUACUCGCUCAACUCACAAAAUUGAUGGAACGCCAGUGCCAGGUAACAAAAUUGAUGAAAGUGACAGCAUGCUCAAAAAAGCUGAAGGCAAAACCCAAGGCAAGAGGAAGGUGCAAGAGCAUGAAUCGGAGGAUGAAUCGGAGGAUGAAUCAGAGGAUGAAUCGGAGCAUGAAUCGGAGCAUGAAUUGGAGCAUGGAUCGGAGCAGAAAGCCAACCAGAAAGCUGACCAAGAAGAGGAAUCUAAUGAGUGA